AUGGCAGACAGAGACUGGAAAAAUCAAACAGUUGUCACAGAAUUCAUCUUCCUGGGAUUUGGGGAUCUCCCAGAACUGAAAAUUCUUCUCUUCCUCAUGUUCCUAGUAAUCUACAUCGCAACCGUGACUGGGAACAUGCUCAUCACUGCACUAGUUGUGACUGAUCAGCACCUUCACACCCCCAUGUACUUCUUCCUGGGGAACUUGUCCUGCCUGGAGACCUGCUACACCUCAACCAUCCUGCCCCGGAUGCUGGCCAGUCUGCUGACUGCAUUGAUAAAACUUUCCUGCAGUGACACAUACCUGAUCAAAUUGCUGAAUUUUGUACUGGCCUUUGUAUUCACCCUGCCUCCAUUCCUACUAACACUGACAUCCUAUGUGUGUAUCCUCACAACCAUCCUGAGAAUCCCUUCCACCACUGGGAGGCAAAAGGCCUUUUCCACCUGCUCCUCCCAUCUCAUCGUGGUGACGAUUUACUAUGGAACCUUAAUGAUUGUCUACAUGCUACCGAAUCGCGACACAUUAAACAUCCUAAACAAAGUGCUCUCUCUUUGCUACACAGUCCUGACUCCCCUGGUUAACCCCCUCAUCUACAGCCUGAGAAACAGAGAUGUCAAGGAAGCCUUGAGCAAAGCAGUCAGUAAAUAUGUGGCUUUCACAAAAACAGGCAGUGAAUCCUAG